AUGGGGGAUAAAGAGUCUGUCCGAACUAGGGGUAAACGGAAAACAGCCGGGAUAAAUGUUGUGGGGCCUGACGUGUCUCCGGCCCGCUCACCAGAACUGGAGCGCUCUGGUUCGCGGAGCGAGACAGAUGAUAGCGACGCUCACGACACACCGUUGACUGAAGCAACUCUUAUUAAAGCACUCGAGAGCUUGAAGAGGGAUAUUUGUGAAACGCUCGAUUCUAAAAUUGACACUGUCGCUCUCUCACUAAGGUCUGAGAUAUCCUCUGUUAAAGCUGAAUUUAAAGGCACCAUUCAGAGCCUCCAGGCCACCGUGAAUGCUCAGGGAGCCACUAUUACAGAUCUGGAACUAUCGGCAACUACUUGCAGUGAUGAUGUGUCCUCUCUCAAAACCUCUCUUGCUGCUUUGAAAGGCGAAGUAAUGCAUUUACAGGCAAAAUGUGAGGACCUGGAGGGAAGAUCCAGGCGUAAUAAUAUCCGCCUGAUUGGUUUACCCGAGGAGCAGGAGACGUCCAAUCCCAGAGAGUUUGUUUCAAAGCUUCUUCAGGAUCUUCUGAAAUUGGACGAUGCACCUCUACUAGAUCGGGUCCACAGAUCCUUGGGCGAGAAGCCAAAGCCAGGAGUCCCGCCACGGCCUUUGAUCAUUAGAGUGCAUUUUUUUCACCUGAAGGAGCAGAUACUGCGCUGUGCUGGGACUAAUGCACCUCUCCUCUACCAAGGCAAAAGGCUCUCCAUCUUCCCAGACUUCACCUCUGCAGUUGCAAAAAAGCGCUCACAGUUUACUACUGCAAAGCGUCUUCUGCGCUCAUGUGCUGGUGUUAAGUAUGGCCUGUUUUAUCCUGCCGAGUUGAGGAUCACACUUCCAGAUGGAGUGGUGCGUAAGUUUUCUGACCCAAAAGCUGCCACUGACUUUAUUGAUAAGAUCUUGGGGGACGCUAGUGCCCUUUCGGAUUAA